CGGGGGUGGGGCGGGCCGGGCGCUGGGUUGGCGCGGAUGUUGCGGGGAUCCGAGCUGUGAGACCUGCCAGGAGGCGCGGCAGCAGCGUUGCCAUGACCUCGGUCCUCGUCACCAUCCCUGCCUAGCGCCGGGGCACCUGAGCCCCCGCGAGGACCUAGCGCUGCGUGGGAAUGGUGACGCUUGCGAGAUCGCUGUCAGCGCUCGCAACACGCUCGACACCUCCAGGCUCUAUCAUUUCUGCGUCUUCCCUAUCCAGCCUGUGUGCUCGCGCGUCCACAUAGAUUUCGGGAGGAACAGAGGCUGAUGAACAGCCCCUUCACUGCUGAGGAACUGGAGGCUGGCAGGCCAAGGUCACACCAGCCAAAACUGCUGAACCCCAGUUCCGUCCCUUGUUGCGCGGGUCCAGGACCUGUGGGGCCUCCUCUCCGCGAAUCGUGAAGCUGGGUACGCUGGGGACCAUGCAGAGGGCUGGGGCCGGGGCCCGAAGGGCCUCCGACUGUGGGCCUGCACCCUACCGGCCCAGGUGCAUUGCCAAGUUCGCCCAGUACGUGGGAUCCUUUCCUGUGGAUGAUUUGGACACUCAGGAGAGCGUGUGCCUUGUACAGCAGCAUCUGUGGGCCCUGCAGGACUGUUCCCGACGCCGGGCCGUCAUCCUGAAAUUCAGUCUUCAGGGUCUCAAGAUCUACAGUGGGGAGGGCGAGGUGCUCCUCAUGGCCCAUGCUCUGAAGCGCAUCCUCUAUGCCACCUGGAACCCAGCCGCCUGCCAGUUUGCUUUUGUUGCCCGGAACCCACGCAGCCCAGCCAGCAAGCUUUUCUGUCAUCUCUUUGUGGGGAGCCAGCCUGGAGAGAUUAAUAUCCUGUACCUGCUGCUCUGCCGAUCCUUCCAGCUUGCUUACCUCUUGCAACACCCUGAGGAGAGGGCGCAGCCUGAGCCCUCCCUGGUGCCUGGAGGGGACAUGUCCCUGAAGCCGCUCUGCAGCCCUGGGGUGGCCCCUGCGUUAGUGCGGGAGCCCUUCAGCCGGGAUCAGCUGUCACAGAAUGUCCAUGCCCUGGUGUCCUUCCGGCGGCUUCCUGCAGAAGGGCUACUGGGCAGUAAUGGGAAGGAGCUGCCAGAGCCAGAGGGCCGUGGGGGCACCCGUCACAUUCGUCUAGGGAACCCCUACUGCUCACCCACACUGGUGCGCAAGAAGGCCAUUCGCAGCAAGGUGAUCCGCUCCGGGGCCUACCGAGGCUGCACCUAUGAGACACAACUGCAGCUGUCAGCCCGGGAAGCCUUUCCUGCUGCAUGGGAGGCAUGGCCCCGUGGCCCUGGUAGCCCCUCGUGCCUGGUGGAGAAUGAGGGAAGCCUGACAGAGAACAUCUGGGCCUUUGCUGGCCUUUCCAGGUCCUGUGCUCUUGCCCUGCUUCGGAGAGAUGUGCAUGGGGCCUUCCUGCUGUGGCCCGAGCCAGGUACCAGUGGCCAGUGGAGCCUGUCUGUCCGGACCCAGUGUGGCGUGGUGUCUCACCAGGUCUUCAGAAACCACCUAGGCCGGUACUGCCUAGAGCACCUGCCUGCAGAGUUCCCCAGCCUGGAGGCCCUGGUGGAGAGCCACGCCGGGAUGGAACGCAGCCUCUUCUGUCCACUCAGCAUGGGCCGGCUCAACCCUACCUACGAAGAGCAGGACUCCGGUCCUGAGGGCAGGUUCCCACGGACUCUGCGGCCCCUCAGCCAUGCCAAGUCUGAGGCAGAAUUGCAAGGCCUGGGCUAGCACACAGCCAGCCCUCAGUCCCCUGUGGGCCCAGCCUUGCCUUGGCCCCUGGGUGGCAACGGUCAUUCUGCCCUUCUUGCACCCCACCCACUGGUCACCAGCUCCAGACAGGUCAAUCUGCCCCUUGAUUGGCCCUUCCAUCACUUCACUGCCAUGGGAGAGGAGCCCUGAGGUUGGAGGUGGAGAUAACAGGACCUCUCCCAGGACCUGGGGCCAGCUGAGGUACCAGGAUGAACAUGUAGAGCCAGAGGGCUGGUAACUCUAGAUGACUUUGGGGAAGUGGCCACUGCUAGGUUCCUACUGUCCUUGUGCAGAGGCUUCCCCAGCAGUUCAUGAUGUGGGUGCAGUCUUUGCUGGAGGAGGCGAAGCCUCUGCUGGGUGGGGAACCCCAGAACGCUCCCCAUAGGGAACCAGAGCCUUAGGGAGUUUCUGGCUUGCACCUUCAGCUCAUUUCCUGGAGUCACUUUGAGUGGGGCUAGUAGUGAGCACACCGCAGUCGGCUUGGUGGCUGCUUUAGGAAGUCACUUAAUGCUGGUGUUUCCUCUAACACAGAGCUGACCGUUGGGCAUGGCUGGCACUGAUCACCUCAGCCCUGUUUGCGGUGGAGAACUAGGAUUAAUGCAAGCCUCAUGGAGGGGAGGUGACCUUAGCAAGGGCCAGUCCAGGGACAUAUCCUAGAGGGUCUAGCCAGGGAAUGACAAAUUCAAGUGUCCCUUAAAUCAACUCUGCAGAAUAUAUGAAUCUACCCAAAAGAACAAACUUUUUUUUUUCUUUUUUUCGGAGCCGGGGACCGAACCCAGGGCCUUGCUCUUGCUAGGCAAGCGCUCUACCACUGAGCUAAAUCCCCAACCCCAAGAACAAACUUCUUAAGUGGUGGCAGUGCCCACCUUUAGUCCCAAUGUUUAGAGGGUGGAGGCAGACAGAUCUCUAGGAGUUUGAGGCCAGCCUGGUCUACAGAGGAAGUUCCAGGACAUCCAGGGCUACUCUGCGAAACCCUGCCUCAAAAAAUAAAAUAAAAUAAAAAACAACAACAAGACAGAUUAGCUUUGGAAGCAGAGGUGUGGGCAGAGAGGAGGGAUGUCCUUGUUUAGUGCCUUGGAUGCCACAGGUUUCAGUGGAAGCCACAGGUUUUGGAUUUCGGAUCCAAGCCCUUAGCUCAGUACAGUGCCAUUUCUUUCAAGUGAGAGGUAUCUUGUGAGGGAUGGAGAGAAAGGUGCCUGCGGAACUCCUUCACUGGAGACACUACCACCUCUAGACUGAUGAUGAGCAGUAAUCCUUCUGUGCCAUGCCCACCACCAUGCCUGCUCCCUGAGUAGGGCCUGGUUCCCACUGAGCUGAGAGAUUAGCAUAUCUUGUGCCCCGCCCCAGAGAGUUCCACCCAAGGAAACUUGUUAACAACUUGGCCCAGAUGCUAGUCCAGGGCUCACCAACUGGAGGGUUCGUAGUGUGAAUCACCCAUGUGUACGAUACCAGGAGACACUCCACACAGCCAAGGGACCAGCCUUCCCCAUGCCCUUUUGACAUUCUUUCCAAAGCAUUUAUUGAUCGCAUGGUACAAACAGCACCGUCUGGAGCCCCUGUGUUCAGACAGUGUCUUUCUUACAGGCCAUGGCUCUGUCUCUGUGCAGACCACCACCACGGCUCUCCUGUGUGCACUCUGAGACAAAUAAACCACAUUCUUCACAGUC